UAUUCGUAUAAGUCUUGCAAGAAGUAGGUGUCUUCUGGUAGUCCUUCAAGAGUAUUUCGAAAGGCUUUUCUGAAACGUGGUCCUGCUCCAAGUUUAGUAGAAGGUACUCCGAUAGAGGAUAUUAUCCGCAAAACUACAUCAACAUUCACCUCGCUCAGCAGCGACAUUAGUGUCCUCACAAUCUUUCGCACAUAAGAAUGAGCAAACCUGUUUCCGUCCGAUGGUCCGGCGUGAAGGCUCCCGUGGGAGCCGGCGGCCGGAUCAGCAAACGAAGUCGCACGUUGUCCAAGGACAGCCGUCGCGGCACUGCGGUGCCCUUGGAUCAGAAGGUAAGUUCAAGUUGAUGAGCGGGUGCACAAAAGUAAAUAGGUCAGUCUUUGUGGUUGUGUGUCGAGCUCGAGAAGCCUCUACUGUUGCUCGAAGAUGAAGAUAAAAAUCGAAUUGGACAAAUCCCAAAUCAAUCAAACUAAAUAGGUUUUCUGCCUCCAGCUCUGCCCCGGCAAACAGGACCGCGUUGCUGUUUCGUAUGGUGACGGCGAGAUCCGGUUGUUCAACGUGAAAGACGGCGAAAACACCACUGUCUUGAACGCCGUCGUCCGCAAUUUUAAGCAACAGGAGGUGGAUUUUUUAGAUCAAGCCGUCACCGAGCAGAUGCGGUUUCCGAUCACGAUGCUGCGGUGGAAGGACGACAAUGUGCUGAUCUCGGUCUCUCCCGCGGACGACGGCUUGGUCCAGUUCUGGGACUGCAGUUCAACCGCGGAGGCGAAGCCCGCACUCUCCUCGCCGAGCAAGGCGAAGCUGACCGCGAGCGGGCACCGGAUCCCGGACCGGGAGCUCUCUCGCUUGACCGAGCUGAACAACGCCACGCAGGUGCUCGAUUUCGCCCGCAAGGGCCGGUCGUUCGCGACCGGGGGGGCGGACGGGAAAGUCCGGGUGUACGACGCGAGCUACAGCUACGGCGAGUUGCGGACCACACUGGAAUCCCGCACCGAGACCCACAAGUCCGGGCACAGCAGCAGCAUCGUGGCGCUCCGGUACCACAACACGGACGUGAACUUUAUCCUGGGUAAAAACGUCCCCACCCCAUAGUCAAGACGGGAAAUCUGCUAGACAAAUCCACAAGGCUUGGCUGUUGCGCAUGACAAAUCUGGCCUCGUAGUGUGAUCCUGUUUAGCUACUUCACCAGCAUCGCAAACCUAGCGCAUCAUGCUGAUUGGAGCGCGACAAACUCCGAAUCACGAAUAGAAAGCGCUUCUCAUGGGGCUCCGCAUGAGAAACAUCUUCAGCAUGCAGAAUUGCGUUACAACUAUGGGGCGGGGAGGUUUUUACCAAUGAUAAACUUGCUCCUGUCCGCGGGCAUGGACAAUCUCGUCCAUCUGUGGGAUCUUAUCCUGUGCAAAAGUAUCGCACUCGUAGUUGUAAUUGCAAUCAUGCAUGACAGAUUACCCAUAUUAGGCAAAUCAGCAUUACAAAUGUCACUUUUCUUUUUGAAAACCUUUGUAAUGCAAUGGAUACCAGUACGAGGCUUUUGCAUUUCAUAAGUCUCCUGAAGGAGCAACCGAUCAAAGUCCUGUACGGUCCGACGGUCGGUGCGGACGGCAUCGACUACGGCUUUCACGGGCUGGAACUCUUGACCGGGAGCUACGACCCGCGGAAAGCCAUUCAAAUCUGGGAUUUGAACAAAACGAACGGUAGCAGUGGUCUUGGUAGUGCUGCAACAACGACUUCCAUGUUGGUUUCCUCCCCGGUAGUUCCGGAAAUAUACGCUCUGGCGCAUCCGAUGAGGGAAUUUGAGCGGAAUUUCGUGGAAUUUCUCGGGGAAAAAAAAACUCUUAGCGCCGGAGCCGCAGCGUAGCUAACAUCCGCGCGGUCGCUGUGUGAAAGAUGUUUUCGCAGGGACAGCAGUCGGCGUGUUCUCGGGCGCAGGCUAUCGUGGUAGACUACCCGCGUCUUGUUCUGUCCAAAUAUGGGGGCCAAUGAUAGCAAGCGUGAGGAAACAGACAACAACGCCGUGCUGUUGAGGGUAGUCGAAUCCCCAUAGCAUGAAGCUUAUAUCUUGUGCCAAUUAUUCGCAGCCCUGGACCCGAACUACCCACGCAGGGCAAAGCUGUAGCUUUUUCGUCUGCUGGACCUAUUCUGGCACCCGGUGGCGGAGUGUGCCGCUUGGGUGUCGUGCCAUAUCGGAUACUUGUGUCCUGGACUUUGGAAGAGUUCUUGUGCUG